AUGCAGCUUCGAAUAAUCCAUCGUGGCAGUGAAAUUCUCACCCUACCAACCAAUGCCAAUACUCCUGUGCUUCAAGUGAAGACUGCCAUUGCUAGGUUGCUUGGAGUGCCACCGAAUGAUCAAAUACUCACAUCCAGAGGUGUAUAUCUUGAAGACUCAAGAAGUUUGCAUGACUACGAGAUUGCAGAAUCAGGAGCGUUGGAAUUGAAUCUACCUCUAAGGUACCAGAAAAUAAUCUCUGUACGAGUAGUAAUUUCACCAGAGGAAGUUUACUCCAUUCCGACCCGUUCCAAUGCAACAGUGGCUGAACUGCGAGCUGAGAUUGCCAAACGAGCUAGGAAUCAAAAUUGUGACAUCUCUAAUGCAUUUCUGGUGUGCUCACAUUGGGUGCUGAACGAUUCGCGACGAUUGGAUGAAUACGAGAUUGCGGAUAAUGCUUGCAUUACCAUCGCGCGUGCAUUGGAGCCAGAGAAACAGCCCUCCAUCGAACCCUACGACUACUGCGAUGACUUUGCAGAGGAGGAUAGUCCAUCACGCAUGAUUAAUGUCCACUUGUUAAGGACAGACGCAAAUCCAUUCACACUGAGGUUGGAUCCAUCCAAACCACUCAAAAGUAUUGCCAAAAGUGUGGAGACGAAGACAGGCAUCCCCGAAGAACACCAAAAUUUCAUCCUCUCGGGUAGGAGAGUGGAUUCAGAGAAGACACCUGACGAUCUACUCAUCACUGAAGGCGAGAGUCUCUACCUAAGUGAUGGUCGGAUUCGAGAGGUCUACCCAAUUUUUAAAGGAAGAAAUACAAACCAGAAUGACAUCUUGGUGCACUUUGAGGUGGGCAGAGAUCGCAUUUCCAUGAACAUUCCAAGAGACUGGACUGUAAAACAAGUGCAACAGACGUUGCGAUAUAAGUCCAUGAUGUGUGGUGGAAAGAUUGAUCUCUACUUCAACGAUGUUCGUUUGGAGUCACGACGCACCUUAGCUGACUACGGUGUGUCCAAUGGAAGUGUGAUCCAUGUCAAAACGCUCUACCUUUGA